CGGCCGCCGCCGGCGCCGCAGGAGGCUUGGAGGAGGAGUUGGGAGUUUAGCGCAGUCGCCGGAGUGCGAGGACAACGACCAUCGGGCCUAAGCCUAGCCGGCCUGGAGCUGGGAGCGUCCUUUCCUCCGCGCGGCCCGCCGUCAGCUCCUCCUCCCCGCGCCGGAGGAGCUUCGAGAUGCUGCGCUGGUGACUCCGCUGCUUCUCGCCCCUGUCACUGAGAAGGGGGGACGAGCGUGGCCCACUCACCGGAGGACACGGCCCUGGACUCUCCUCCCCGCCGGCGCAACCAUGAGCUCCGGGCAGCAGCAGCAGCCGCCGCCGCCGCGGAGGGUCACCAACGUGGGGUCCCUGCUGCUCACCCCGCAGGAGAACGAGUCCCUGUUCACGUUCCUCGGCAAGAAAUGUGUGACAAUGUCUUCAGCAGUGGUACAGUUAUAUGCUGCAGAUCGGAACUGUAUGUGGUCAAAGAAAUGCAGUGGGGUUGCUUGUCUAGUUAAGGACAAUCCACAGAGAUCUUAUUUUUUAAGAAUAUUUGACAUUAAGGAUGGGAAACUGUUGUGGGAACAAGAGUUAUAUAAUAACUUUGUAUAUAAUAGUCCUAGAGGAUAUUUUCAUACCUUUGCUGGAGAUACUUGUCAAGUAGCUCUUAAUUUUGCCAAUGAAGAAGAAGCAAAAAAAUUCCGAAAAGCAGUUACAGAUUUGUUGGGUCGACGACAAAGGAAAUCUGAAAAAAGACGAGAUCCCCCAAAUGGUCCUAAUCUACCCAUGGCUACAGUUGACAUAAAAAACCCAGAAAUCACAACAAAUAGAUUUUAUGGUUCACAAGUCAACAAUAUAUCCCAUACCAAAGAAAAGAAGAAAGGAAAAGCUAAAAAGAAGAGAUUAACCAAGGCAGAUAUUGGAACUCCAAGUAAUUUCCAGCACAUUGGACAUGUUGGUUGGGAUCCAAAUACAGGCUUUGAUUUGAAUAAUUUGGAUCCAGAAUUGAAGAAUCUUUUUGAUAUGUGUGGAAUCUCAGAGGCACAACUUAAAGACAGAGAAACAUCAAAAGUUAUAUAUGACUUUAUUGAAAAAACGGGAGGUGUGGAAGCUGUUAAAAAUGAACUGCGAAGGCAAGCACCACCACCUCCACCACCAUCAAGGGCAGGGCCACCUCCUCCUCCACCCCCUCCGCAUAGCUCAGGCCCUCCCCCUCCUCCUGCCAGGGGAAGAGGUGCCCCUCCACCACCACCUUCAAGAGCCCCCACAGCUGCACCUCCACCUCCGCCUCCUUCGAGGCCAGGUGUAGGAGUCCCUCCACCACCGCCAAAUAGGAUGUACCCUCCUCCGCCUCCAGCCCUUCCCUCCUCAGCACCUACAGGGCCUCCACCACCACCACCACCUCCACCUCUGUCAGGCAUUCUGGCACCGCCCCCACCACCACCACCUCCUCCACCAGGGCCACCACCUCCCCCUGGCCUGCCUUCUGAUGGGGACCAUCAAGUUCCAGCUCCUGCAGGAAGCAAAGCAGCUCUUUUAGAUCAAAUUAGAGAGGGUGCUCAGCUAAAGAAAGUGGAACAGAACAGUCGACCGGUGUCCUGCUCUGGAAGGGAUGCACUUUUAGACCAGAUUCGACAGGGUAUUCAGCUGAAGUCUGUAUCUGAUGGCCAAGAGUCUACACCACCAACACCUGCACCCACUUCGGGAAUUGUAGGUGCAUUAAUGGAAGUGAUGCAGAAAAGGAGCAAAGCCAUUCAUUCCUCAGAUGAGGAUGAUGAAGAAGAUGAUGAAGAAGACUUUGAGGAUGAUGAUGAAUGGGAAGACUGAUCUAUAUGUUAUAUAUAUAUUUUUAAGGUGAAAUACUAAACACUACUUUCUGUCUAUGGAUUCUGUAAAAUUAUCAUGUAAAUGUUCUACCAAUUUGCUGUAUAUUUUUGUUGCCUUGUUUUUUUGCUUUUUUUUUAAUUAAUCUGUGCAAUACCUCAUGUAAUCUGUAAAGGUUUGUCAUAAUACUCUACAAAGCUACUCCCUGUUACUUGUGUGCAAGUUUACACCAGGAUGCUCACUUGAUUUGUGAAUAUUUUUUCAUUCCAUCAACAAGGGAGUUUAAAUAUUGUAUGUGAGACUGACAAAAACCUUAAUGUAAUUUAGUUAUAAUGCCAGAAGGAAAACACUAUUUUCAUACCCUACUUUUUCUGUACCUAAAUUUUCUUAUAAAAACCUAGUAUAGCACUACAUUGUUUUUUAAGUGAUGCAAACCUUAGUUUCUUUAGACCCUUCAUUUUGAAUACAAUGCUACAUAUGAAUGUUGAAGCUGAUACAUUGCACAGUUCUCUAGACAUCACCACACUGAUACAGUUUCUCAAAUUUUAGCAAUACACUCUACAUAAAAUCACUACAGAGACACUGGUGGGGAGAAUCAAUAACACGCCUGUGACAGCAGUGUUGCCUUUUGUUGGUACAAUGGUAUUUACAGGCUGGGAUCAUAUGGAGCCCUUCCAUGCCUGUACUCGACUGACUGAGGCUAUGUUUGUGCUGUAACAAAUGUGGCAGACUCUUUUUGGCAAAAAUUCAUAAAAUAUUUUUGGUAUUAUUCUGAAAAAAAAAAGAUUUAAGUUGAGAUUUGGAAAGUAAUUUUCUUCUACAUGAACUGAAGAGGGUCAUGCAUUAUGGUUACUCCAACAUUUGGUCUGAAAUGCUAUAGAGAUCAAAAUAUUAUUAAAAUGAUAUGAAAUUAAGUAUUUUAUUUUGCAAUUUGUAUAGAUUGAGUAUUGAGAAGUUCCAAACAUAAAAUCUUACCUGAUUGGCAAAAGUAUGUACUGUAAUGCUGAACCUAACAUUCUGUAUAGUUUUAUUUUAAUAAUUUCUUGAGAUUUUCAUCAAAUGUCAGGUGAAAGGUUACAUUUUCCUUAAAGAUUUGUUAACCUAAUGUCAAAUUUCUUGGAAUACAUACCUAAAUGAUAGCUUUUUAAAAAUGAAACUUUACAACCUGCACAUUUGUUAUGCAUACUAAAUGGUGUGUUGCAAUUAGGAUUUCCUUGCCUUUCUACAGUAAUACACUAAUUUGCCUAAAGGCGGUUGUUUCAUAUUUAUAGCACUAAUUAUCAUGCCUACCUACUUUAAACUUUAGGUAGAAAAUUAUUUGAUUUAAAUACAGACAUAUUUUUCUCACAUUGAGUCAUGUGCAGAAUGUAGUUCCAAAUGUAUUUCAUUACUGUAGUCACAAUAUCCAACUAAAAGUUAUGGUAUCCAGAAUUGUACCGACCAAAAUCUAGUAUUGGCAUGAUCUUGACAGGCUGGACCUGCAAGAUGUGGCUUGAAUUUUAACCAGUUAUUACAUAAUCUUUAGUGAUCAUGCAUCUAGUUAUCAUAAGAAGUAAUUUAAAAGGUUUUGUUGCUGAAAGCAGUAAGUGGUGCAGUAAAAUAGUUAAGUUAUUCAAAGAAUGUUACCUUCCUUGCAAGAGUAAUUUAAGCACAUGGGAAAGAUUCUAGGCUUUUUUGUUUCCUGCAAAAACAGUGCCCUCUGCUGCUUGAAACCUUCUUCUGCUUACUAUCAUUUUUAUUGUGGCUUGAGCUCAGUGAGUCGGUGUGGAUGUGGCUGGACAUCUAGGAACCAAUGAAAUUAGGAAUUUGUGCAAAUGGUAAAUAGAAUAUUAUGAUUAUUUUAAAUAACAUCAAACCUCUUCCUAUUUAAAAUUUUUGACAGUAUAAAAAACUUUCCUAGAAAUGUCUUUAAGAUAAUGCCAAAUUUUAGAUCACUUAACUUUUGGCCAAUUCAGUUUUUCUAGCUAGCUUUCGUUUGGUAAAUAUUCAUCAGACUCUGCUCUGAGCAGAACUCUUUGAGUUGAAAACAGAAUUUUAAACAAUUAAAAUGAGCAUAUAACUUGCCAAAGGUAAUUGAGUAGUGUUGUUUUUUUCCUUUAAUUAAAAAAAGACUGUUGUUGCACAAUCUAAACUAUUAUUGGUUGAAACAACAGCUGUGGAGUUCAGUCCAGGCAUGAGUAUUAAAUCUGCUUUACCAAGUAAGAUACAAGGUUGCAUGUUUCAGUCCUCCACCAUCUCGCAUUGUGAGCAGCACUAUACCUGUGCAUUGUCUGAAAGCCUCGCGUAUAUACUCCAGCUAAAUGAUUGUCUGGUAGCCUUCACGUUUUAACAAACUAGCAUGAGGCUUUUUAUAUCUAAGUGCUACGUGAUAGACAAUUUCAGCUAGCCACAUAUUGUAUGUAUGAGAUUCAUAAAGACUUUCAAUCAUUCAUUUCCAUUUAUCAACUGAAAUUUUGUUUUAGUAUGUGAAUUUUUUUUGAAAUGUAUAGUGAAUAGGAUGUUGCACUGGUGGCAAUUCAUCAUGGAGCAUAAUAAAAUUAAUUUGACCCAAACAGUAUAAAAUAGUGUGC